UCUGAACGUCAAAACCACAGCCCCAUGUCCGACGACGAGACGACGAUUCAGACUAAAAAGGCUCAAAGCGCCCACGGAACAUUGUCCUUCACCGCCUUCGCUGUUGUCCUGUGUGUUGUGAGGCGAAAGUUUUCGGUUCGGUUCGUUUAUUGAUUGAUCCAAAACGGUGGCCGCAAACCACAGUGAUUCAGCCGAUAGACAGAGAGAGAGAGAGUGCGGUUUCUGGCCCAGACGACUUCGUGGAAGUCCCGUUUUGCGUUUGUCCGUCUUAUUUUUUGCGUUACGUUGUCUCUCGUCACAGCAUUAGAACUUUAUAGGGUGCCGUUUGAUAAAACGUUCCACAUUCGCUGUUACUUCGGUCGAUCGAAAGCAAUCGGCCAGCAGUCAUUGGAAAAUUUCGUGCCCCCCCGUCACCGCUCACCGCGCUACCUUGCAAAUUUUCGUGCAAUCAAGCCGAAGGAACACACCUCACGCCGCCGCGGGGCCAUCUAGAGCGUACUCGAGAAUUGGUUCUGCUGAAGGGCGUGAAAGUGUUGUUUCUCCAGUGAGGCCCGUCUUUCCUUGUUUGCCGUAUCCGCGCCCCGUUUCAUUGUGACCACAAGGCGGCGGGACCACACACAAAGAGCAACAGUGUCAACGAACUGUGCCCCGGUGUCCACCCAGGCGAAAUGGCGAAAACGUACGACUAUUUGUUCAAACUUUUACUCAUCGGAGACUCCGGCGUCGGCAAGACCUGCAUACUGUUUCGCUUCUCGGAGGAUGCCUUCAAUACCACCUUCAUCAGCACGAUCGGAAUUGACUUCAAAAUUAGAACGAUCGAUCUCGAUGGGAAAAAGAUCAAGCUACAAAUUUGGGAUACGGCCGGCCAGGAACGGUUCCGCACGAUCACGACCGCGUACUAUCGGGGCGCGAUGGGCAUCAUGCUAGUGUACGACAUCACACAGGAGAAAUCGUUCGAGAACAUUAAAAACUGGAUACGAAACAUUGAGGAAAACGCAUCGGCCGACGUGGAAAAGAUGUUGCUCGGCAAUAAGUGUGAGCUGAACGAGAAAAGACAGGUAACGCGCGUCCGGGGCGAACAGCUGGCGGUAGAGUACGGUAUCAAAUUCAUGGAAACCUCGGCUAAGGCAAGCAUCAACGUGGACGAUGCGUUCUUCACUCUGGCGCGUGAUAUUAAAUGUAAAAUGGAAAAACGGAUGGAAGCAAACAAUCCUCCGAAGGGUGGACACCAGCUAAAACCACAGGUGGAACCACGGAAGGCUCCCAGUUGGUUAUCGAAAUGCAAUCUGUUUUGACCUUGUAGUAGUCUUAUGGAUAAUUAUUACUUUUUUAUAUAACACACUAAAUAAUAAUAAUAAUUAUUAUUAAAACAAUGUAUGUAAACGGAUAAUGUCGAGACGAAAACAACCAACACAACAAGCAAAUGAUGCAAGAUCCCCACAAUACGCCGCCACAGCGCAGCAGCAUAAAAGCAUUCACAUUCGUCGUUGUCGUUGCAUCGUCAUUCAAAACAGAAACUCAAUUAAAAUGGCGCAAAACGGAUUGGACGACACCACUGGGCGCCCCGGUGAUCGUUUCCAAAUCUCAUAAAACUGUUUCAACUACCAACCUACCAACUUCUGCGAUGCAUAUUCCUUCUUUGGAACCAUCUUUUGGACGACGAUGACGCAGAGGUCGAGGUCGUAAAUUACUAUCGCGUUGUGAUAGAACACUGUGCAGAAGGUUUGUGAUGUGCGAAUUCGAUUUGUCCCUUUACGAUUACAGAGUGUGUUACGAAAUUACCUUCCCCCUUUUUGCGUCGGGCCGUGCUAAAUAUAUCGGAACGCGUGUGAGAGUUAAUAGAGCUUUGCUUUCGUAUAUAACCACCCGCGGGAGGAGAGGCGUUGAAUCCAGCCAGCGUUAGCAGCUGGCAAAGGAACUGGCGCUCAAUUCAUCAAAACCCGCGCGCGGAGAAGAUAGGCUCCCGCUACACCAUUCCAUCAUCGAGAACAAUGACGGCGCAUUGAACGGCGCUCCCCGAGACCAGGCACGACCAAGUCGUGUGGCUAAAAUGUAACAAUUCCGUUCGCUUCCGUUUAAUUUGCGACGGUUUUGUUCGGAAACUCCUCACGUCCGAACCGCGGCAGCGGCCGCAGUACGAGACAGAUUCUCUGUAGCCGUUAUCGACAUAACAUCCUUUCAUACCAAACCACAACCACACACACACACACGGAACCGAAACUCUUGUAGGACUUUUUUUCUUGAAAUGGUGAAAAUAAACGACAUAAGGGGAACAUAAACUUGUGGGCAGGAACUGGAAGAGAGGAAAUUCAAUAAAACGAAACGUAAA